GUAAUGUGGUCUGGCUUGAUGAAGUAACAGCAACACGGGCUCUAAUAAAUAUGAGUUCCUUGCCUGAUCAGGAGAAAACAAAAAGCAGAGAAAACAAUGAAGAGAAGACAGCUGAAAAAAACAAGAAAGAAAAACAGGAGGAAAGUUCUGAUGAUGAGACAGAAGAAGGCGAGGUUGAGGAUGACAAUCCAAGUGAUGUUGAGUUGGAUGCCCUCUCCCAGGUAGAAGAGGAUUCUCUCCUGCGUAAUGAUCUUCGCCCUGCCAAUAAACUGGCUAAAGGAAACAAGCUAUUCAUGAGAUUUGCUACUAAAGAUGACAAAAAAGAGCUGGGAGCUGCAAGGCGAAGUCAGUAUUACAUGAAAUAUGGCAAUCCAAAUUAUGGAGGCAUGAAGGGAAUUCUUAGCAAUUCUUGGAAACGAAGAUACCAUUCGCGUCGAAUCCAUCGGGAUGUGAUAAAGAAAAGGACGCUUAUUGGGGAUGAUGUUGGCUUGACUCCUCCUUAUAAACAUCGUCAUUCAGGCUUAGUAAAUGUUCCUGAGGAGCCUAUUGAGGAGGAAGAAGAGGAGGAAGAAGAUCAGGAUAUGGAUGAAGAUGACAGAGUUGUGGUAGAGUACCGUGACGAACUGCAAGCUUUCAAACAGUCCCGAGACCGCAGUGCAGCAAGACGAUCGAGUGCUAGUGCAUCUGAUUCUGAUGAAAUGGACUAUGAUCUUGAACUGAAAAUGAUAUCAACACCCUCUCCCAAAAAGAGCAUGAAAAUGACAAUGUAUGCAGACGAGGUGGAAUCACAACUGAAAAAUAUCAGGAAUUCCAUGCGAGCAGAUAGCAUAGCAACCAGUAAUAUCAAAAAUCGGAUUGGCAGUAAAGGAUCAUCAGAGAAAGUUGCAGAUGUAAGACUACUGUUAGAAGAAAAACGUCAGAAUAGUACUGGGCCACGUCAGCCAAACAGCACUGUAAAAUCAGAUGUGCGGCAAAGACUGGGAAAAAGACCACAUUCUCCAGAAAUUAAACCUCCAAGUAGUAUCUCUGUUCCUCGUCGAGAACCAAUAUCAGAUGUACACAGCCGGUUAGGAAUCCCCAAACAAGAUGUAAAAGGCCUCUACUCUGAUACCAGAGAGAAGAAAUCAGGUAAUUUAUGGACCAGAUUAGGUUCUGCUCCGAAGACACAAGAAAAGACUUCAGAUAAACCUGAAAACUCUGUGGCAUCUCCAGAGGAAGAUGAUUCAGAGCUCCAGCGGGUUUGGGGUGCUCUCAUUAAGGAAAAAGAACAGUCUCGGCAAAAAAAGAGCCGAUUGGAUAAUUUACCAUCUCUACAAAUUGAAAUCAGCCGAGAAAGCAGUUCUGGCUCAGACACUGAAUCAUGAUUGUUUUUACAUUCUGAUGCUCAAGAUUGUGACUCUGCAAUGUGGCAAGAUUUCCUUUGCCCAAAAGCUGGACACUGGCAAAGACUCUGCAGUGAAGGUUCCAGAACAUCUCUGUUCCUUUUAUACAAAAACAGAGAUGCGUAUGCCACUUGAAACCUAAAGCAAUCACGUUUGUCUGGAGUCUGUGGUUGGCCCUGUGUUACUUAGGGCAUUGUCAUACAUGUUUAUUACAGCAAACCUGUAGUUAAUUCUAGCAAAACACUUUUCCCUGAGCUUUGAACUUAAAAGAAGAGGCAGAAAUGCUCUGUAUUUUUAAGAAGACCUUUUUGUUCUCAAUAUUUUUAACAUGGAGCCUUUUAACAAAAUAUUUUACACGGUUCAUCCAAAGAACAGGGCAUUUCAUAAUCAACAUCGUUGCCUUGCCCUUCUGGCUCUUACCAGCACCUUCCCUUUCCUCUUGAAGUAAUAACAAUAAUGCUUUCUGGGUAGGCAGCCAGCAAGGAUAAAGCCUGAAGGGACUAUCGCAUUCCCUUCCUCCAAAAUACUGAAUGUAAAUCUAAGUUAAAUGUUUUAGUACAGUGAAAUUUCACAUAGUAUCCACGUAGCAUCACU